UUUUUCUCACGUCUGAAUCUUUUACACCUGCUUGACAGUCUCUUUCAGGUGUGACUGAUUCACCUGUUAUGAUGACCCGUCCCUGUCUGAUCCUGCGACUGUUUGGGGUUUUUCUCUAACUUGUUGUUAGGGAGCAGGUGUUCCUGACGGAUCUGAAGAGCCAACCAUCCAUCAGUGUCACAAUGUCGCAGGAAUCUAAGCGUCUCCGUUGGUGUGAGGUUUCAUUUUGGCGCGUGGAGAGAAGACCCACUCACUCGACCAGUGCUCCUACUCACUCACGGAGCAAAUCGAGCACCGAACGCUGUCGCGCGCUCCGUGGAAGAGCCGAGAGCGCUUUGUGUGUUUCAUUCAUCUCGGUGAAGGCUGCUGCUGCUCACACUUCCUUCUCCUCUUCCUCCCUCCGCUGUUCGCCUGUUGGCUGGAGUUAAGUGGAUGGUAUCAACAGACCUCCCUUUCUUCUCACCUCCGUGAUACCUCGGAUCCAUCCGGAGAAGUCGUUGGAGGACACGCGCGUCACGACCAGAAAGCCGCGCGAGGGACUUUCUCUCCUUUUAUUUCACCUUCUUGUUAUUUCGAACAGAGGACGCCGCGCUCAUUUUUUUUAAAACGACAAAUAAAAGCAGAAAUAAGCGAUAAUCGAGGGAGAGCGGCUGGCUCUCGCUGAGAUUUGAGGGAUUUUAAAGGAACAGGUGCGUUAGAGGGGUGAAGACGGAGCAGUUGGAUGGUUGUCGGUUCCGUGGAGAGGAGAGGAGUCGCUGCCUCUGCGCAAGUCUCAGAUGAAGAUGAAGUCUUCGGUCGUCGUGGAUGGAGGUCUAUUUACAGAGAGUUACUGUAACAUCUGCAAUGCCCAGCUCAUCUCAGAGUCCCAGCGCACCGCUCACUAUGAGAGUAAAAAACACGCCAACAAGGUGCGUCUGUUCUACAUGCUUCACCCAGAGGAUGGAGGUCCCCCAUCCAAACGACUGAGACCUGAUAACCCGGACUGUGCAGAAACUGAAGUGGACAGGAACAAGUGCUGCACCUUGUGUAAUAUGUUCUUCACCUCUGCAAUUGUGGCCCAGUCCCACUAUCAGGGCAAAACUCACGCCAAGAGAGUCCGCCUGGUGCUCGGAGAACCCCCGAACCAACCCACAGCCAUAGCCAGCCCUACAAACACAGAUUCUUCACCUUCCACCCCACUGACCACAGACCCCACCGCGUGCCCACCACCUCCCCCUGCGAUACCCUGGCCCACGGCAGAGAUUGGUGGAAAUGGGGGCAGAGAGGCUGGAAAGUAUUGCUGCCUGUGUGGAGCGUGGUUCAACAACCCUCUGAUGGCCCAGCAGCACUACGAAGGGAAGAAACACCGCAGGAACGCAGCCAGGGCGCGCCUCCUGGAGCAGCUAGCAGACAGUCUGGAUGCCACGGAGAGCACAGGACUGCGCAGUAGUUACUCAUGCAACGUCUGCAGUGUGGUUCUCAACUCCAUCGAGCAGUACCACGCACACCUCCAGGGCUCCAAACACCAGAACAACCUGAAGCAACACCAGCAGUAAGUCACCAAGACAAACCACAGGAGAUGGACGACAGAGAUUUGUGGGAUAAACAAAUUCAGGAAGGACUAAAUGUCAGAAAGUAGUGCAGAAGAAACUUUUGUUUGUGUGUGUGUGUGUGUGUGUGUGUGUGUGUGUGUGUGUGUGUGUGUGUGUGUGUGUGUGUGUGUGUGUGUGUGUGUGUGUGUGUGUGUGUGUGUGCGUGCAUGAGAGUGAGUUUCUAUAUUGAGCACUUUGUGUUGGAUGAGUUCAACACAACCUUCAGGAGACUCGCGGCUGAGGAAGGAACUCCUCUGUGAACCACAAUCUUUGAACUGAACUGAUGUCAGUGCAUCACCCAGCCUGGUAAUUACCAUUCUAAUGAUAGUCAGACAACAGAAGAAAUAAAAAGAACUCCCCCAAGUGCUCUGACAGUGAUCCCAGUCUGGACACAGUUUACUAUUUGUUCACGUUUCUAAAAAUGAAGUGGUGAUGAUGAUGACGAAUGCCCGUGGAUGGCUCACUUUCAGACCACUUGAGGAAUUACUCAGGCCCAGACCUUCAAAUCAGAGAAAACUCCCUCAGCCAUCCCUGACUGCAUGAUUUCAUAAAUGAUGUUCUUUCAAAACCCAAAAACUGAAACUUAAGUGAUAAAAAAAAUACUAAGAAAAAAAUCUCAUAACUCUGUGAAUCAUCUACUGUUGAAAACAUUCCCAUGAGACUAAAUAGUGAUGUCAGAAGCAAGUUGGAGGAGAUUGAAACACUCUCCAACAAGGGCAACAUGUAGAUAUUUCUUUUUGCUGUUGCUGUAACCAGGAGAUGAAAAAGCCUUCCCACUCAUGUAGCAACCAACACAACUGGGCUGUAUUUUCAAUGCAUGCAAACGGUGCAUUCACUUGCCUUUUAGAAGCCUGUUUAUCGUGCUGCUUUCUAACGAUUGCUUCGCAACACAUCACAGCACACACUUGUAACUAAAACAAGAGGCUACCAACAUUUCCAUACAGAGAUUAGCUGUCACUGCAGUUUAACAGCCUCGUGUGUGGAACCUUCAGUGAGUUUCAGUAAUGGUUUGUUGCACCAUGUUAGCCGUGUUUCCAUUAUAGGUGUUCCGGGAAAUUUCAAUGCCGUUGUGUCUUCAUACAAAACGUCAGCAUAUGCCGACCAUUUAGGCAGUGAGUGAUGUCAUUGAUCAGCUCCAAAAGACAUCUACGGAAAUUAAAAAUUUUAUUCUGCAAAAGUUUGCAGUAAUUUUAUACAUUCAGUGGACCAGGACAGCCGUGUUCAAUGGCCAGAAAAGGUGCCAUUUUUGCCGCUCUAUAGGAGAACUAUGGAAGCGUAUUGCUGUCGGUAUGGGUAAAUAUAUAAGAGCAGCAUAUCGUAAAAACUAUAAAGUUUCUCGAUAGAACGUGAUAAAAAUCUUGUCUUGAUGAAAAACUUUCUUGUAAUACCAGCAUAUAAAGGUAAUUUUAACAAGAAAGUUUCUCAAAAUAAUGUGUUCAGUAUCUCGUAAUAUUGAGAUAUCUCUAAUGGGUGAAAUGCCGACACACAUUAGCCAGUUUUUUUUAUUUUAUUGUUACUAUUAUUACUUUGCCUAGAAUGCAGAUCGUCAUUUGCUGAAGCAAAAUAAUUUUGCUUUGCAUUACGGUCUAGCAAUGCUCCAUUGGAACCACCGCAGCCCCGGCCAGUAUUAUGGCUGACCAAUCACAGCUUGUUCAUUUAGAAAAAACUAUUAAUUUGCGUCCUUCUCUCUGCAUCUUCCACGAUGUAUGGCGGACUGCCCUGUUGACUGACUAGCGGUCCUAUUAAAAUGCUUUAUUAGUUUGGUAGGCCGAUCACAGCGCUCUAAAGCUUGGUUUAUGCUUGACGCAUUCACUUUCCGCGCGGUGAUGCGGCUCGCGGCUGGAACGCGCUUCACAACUCGCAGUGUUUAUGGUUUGUGCGGCUCGUCUCUGCGGUGAGCCAAUAUUCUCCCAAACUGUAGGGGGCAGCAUGGAGCUCUACGGCAAGCAUCCAACACUACACCAUAGUAGAAGUAGAAAUUACUGUUUACAACAUGACAUUUCAGCAUUUUUAACAGCGUUCUCGUCGUUUCCGACAGUGCGAGCUAUUUCUCUCCAAGAACUAUUAACAACAUGUUGAUCACGGUGAUCUUUGAGAGCUGAAUCAUACAAAUGUCUGUAUUUACGAACCUCUGCCGUGCCGGUCCGCCAUGUUUUUCCGCGUCCGACCGUCCGCGUGGUUAGAAAUUUUCCGAGGUGCGCGUUGCGGAAAUCUUGGGCCGUGCGGAGACGCGGUGGAGGGGCGUGGUUGUUAAAAUGACGCAAAAUGACGCAACUUUUCCGCGCGGAGCCGUGCGGACCUCGCGGAUGCGUCAAGCAUAAACCAACCUUAAGUCUGGUGGGCAGGAUGUUAGUGCAAAUGAGUGAAACUAAGAUGGCGGCUCUGUAGUGGUCUAAUCACAGCACUCUGAUGGUGGGCGGCUUUGGCAUCAAAUUUGGACUAUUUUGACCUGUACCUUUAUUUUACUUGAGCAAAUAGAGGUACUUAAGUUUAUUUAGAAAAAGGAUGCAAUUGCAUCUUCUUUGAUGGUGUAUGGCAGACUACCUCGUUGACUGACAUCCGUAGUGGUCAGUAUGUCUCGUUUGUACACCAGCGUGUGGAGACAUUCUGAAAGACAACCGUAUAUCCCGCCCCACGACUGAUUGUCGUCAAUGGAUGGUGGCUAAUUAUAUAUCCACAUACAUGGCUUGCCGAGCUACCAUUGUUCGGCAAUUUCGCCCUGUUGUCGAGGCACUGAUGCUGAUGUACUUCCUAAAAUUUAAACACAAAGAGCUGGAAUAACUAUUUCAAUUAUGCGGAGUAAAAUGCCACAACAUAUUAACUGCAAUUUUACCAUUACAAUGCUACAUUUUUAUUAUUACGUGAUAUUAAACACAUUAUUUGUGAACAUUUCUCAUUAAAACAAAAUUUAUAUGUCGUUAUUACAAGAACGUUUUUUUUUUUGUUAUUACCGUAUACUGCUCCUUAAUUUUUUUCUUGCACUGACAGCAAUGCACUUCCAAAGAAACCACAACUUCGCAAAAAUGAAAGGUCUAUUGGGAGGGUUGCAUUUUGUGGCGUUGGGAAUAGAAAAAUGGUGAUUUUUUUUUCCCAUCUUGCUUCACCAGCAACUCUUCCAAUUUUAAAAAUGGCGGUUGUUUGGCAGCAUCUGCUGAUAUAAUUUUCCUACUGACUUACAACCAAUCAACAUGAGUUAACUACAAGUCCCCCCAUCAACUCUACCAGGGCAUUUCGGAGUACACAGGGAACCUAAGUCACUUCUGCGUCAUGGUUCCCCGGAAGAACGAAAAAAUGAAUGCAAGUCAACAGGGCUAAAAACGUUAUUAUCCAAUACGCCUUGCCUUACACCAUGGAUUGCACAUAUGUUGUACUGCAUUUUAAAUGAAAAUUAUUGAUGAGUGUUUCGACCAUGACAGUCACAUACUUUGAGAUUUAUCAGCUUGUAAAAGUUCGUAAUCAGCAUGACUUCAAACCAGAAAUUGGCACGUCGCAUAUGUGACGUCACUACAAUCUCCUCUCCCCAAACGUAGCUGCUACUUACCAAAUGACCAGAUUUAUGGUGGUUCUUUCCUCCUGUUGGAAAUUUGCUGAACUUGCAGCCAUUUUCCCUCAGUUUUCUCCGUGUCUGGUUUGAUGACGUCACUUUCGUGAAGCACAUUGGUAGUUCUGGACUUAUUUUCACACAAAACCUAAAAUAUUGUUCCCCCUGUUGGAUAAUAAGCACAUUCUUGGUAUCGAAAUGCAUCUUUAAAAUUCACGGACAUCAUAUGUGAAAUCCAUAACACAAAACAAGCGGAAUUAGAAAAUAGCAUUUUUAGCCCCGUUGACUUGCAUUCAUUUUUUCCUUCUUCUGGGGACCCAUGAUGCGGAAGUGACUUAGGUUCCCUAUACCCCACUUGGUUACUUCUUGACAUGCCACGAACGUCCGGUAAAAUUACUCGGAAGUUCCGAUAGUGGAAACGAGCCUAUUGAUGAAGAAAAGAUGUACUCUACUUUCCCUUGAUGAGAACGCUGUCCUCUGUUAGUUCUUUUUAUAAUUGGAAACACAUUCAAAUUUUAUAAUUUUUUUGUUUUACUAUCAUAAACUACCCAUAAUCUAGACAGAAACCAUUUUUCCCCCAGCACACGGAUGAAUAAGGGUUUUUAUGCAAUCGCUUCAGAUUUGAAAGUGUUUCACGAAGAAAGAAUAAAACUUUGUGUUUUAAUGAGUCACAUAGGUGAGAUGUGUGUUUUUAGAUGAAAAAAAGAUUUGUAAUUAUAGUGUUAUCUUCACUGAGCCACGAGUAGGGAAGUUUCUUAAAAAUUUUGAGAAAAAUGCAUAAACACUGGCAAUAGAAUGAGAAUAAACUGUCUGUUGUGUUUUUAGUGGAUAAAAAUAAACCUGGAAGUUGUGACAAUGGACCAAAAUCCAGCACAUGGAGGACAUCGCUAUAAAGGGAGUUUUAAUAGCUGCAGUUUUCAUGAGAAAACCUACAAUCACCAAGAAGGGAGUCGUUAAAAACUGCCAAAACAAUGAUGCAAUGACACAAACUGCUGGACUUUUCAAACAUCACAACAAAAGUGCAAAACCAAGAAGUUUUUUUUUUUUUGGAUGCGCUUCAGACUGUUUGAAUGACGGAUCUCUGCUGCUCGGGUUUACUCACCGUAAGCCGUGUGUGCCCAUGAUGCAAGAGGCUGACCGUGCCAAGAGUCACACAUUUUAGUAGAUGUUACAUAAUAUAUUACAGAAAUGUAUUUAUGGCUUAAAAACUGUGUGAGGAAAUGUUUUCCAGUGGGCGUCAGUAUGUGAAGUUGCACUGGCAGUGGGAGACUCUGUUAGCUGUGUGAGCACACUCGUAAACACACCUGAUGAUGAAUACAAUGAAGCUGACAACUAUAUCUGUCUUCUCUUGAAAAAUCCAGAACCAUUAUUUUUUAUUUUCUGCUUGUUUACACCUCCAUGGAGACAAGUAAAAAGGGAUUUUACUCACA